AUAAAAAGGUCGUAGAUGAGUCGCGGUACUUUACAUGGCGGCUGGAGUACUGGCCGGUUGGCGUAUAUAUACAGUGGCUGUACAAGGUGCAUCAGUGCAUUUCCCGCCAACACGGUGACACGGUACGUUCAGAAAUUCAUACUGAAUCGAAAAAUGAGUUUUGUGAAAAGUUUCGCUGCGUUUGCAGCUUUUGCUGCUAUGUGUGCCUCCCUUCCCGUGGAAGAUGGUCCCAUAUUGGCUGAAGUGCCGGCCGAGGUGUUGUUCGCGGUUUCCGAACCCCCGAUGCAUUUGAGGCUGCCUUGCAGCGUCACUGGACGCUCGCAAAACGUGCUUUACACAUGGCAAAAGGAUGGUAAACCAUUCGAUUGGAGCAAACAUACCGAUGUUGUUAAAACAGACAAUGAAGGAACAAUCGUAUUUUUAAAACCAAAACAAGACGACGAAGGUCACUACCAAUGCUUCGCUACAUCUGACGCUGGUGUUGCCAGUACAAGGAUGAUAACUGCCAAACGAGCUUACAUUAACCUACCGAAAGUUACCGUCCAAAGACACAAACCGAUCGAAGGUUCACCCGUCAAAUUGGAAUGUGCUAUACCAGAUUCGUACCCGAAACCUACAAUUGAAUGGAGAUUGCAAUUAGAAAGCGAUCCCAAAGUUUCAAAUGAAGUGGCAAAUUCGCGUUACACUGUCGCUCCUGAUGGCGCUUUAUACAUUUCUAGUGUUGAAAAAUCUGAUAGCUAUGAUAAUUUUAAAUAUGUAUGUCUCGCGUCAUCUCCCGCUGUUACCAAACCGAUUGUGCUUGCUGAACAUUACAUCGAAGGUCUGGAAUCUAACAAGAACCAUGAUUAUACCGAAGUUGUACCGCAAUAUUUGAACCAGAACCAAACUUUAAAAGUCGGCGAGCGCACUUACCUGUUCUGCAUUUUCGGCGGCAAUCCUCUAGCUCAUCCCGAUUGGUUCAAAGACGGUGAAGAUGUCAACAAUUCGCCACAAGACCGUGUAACCAGGUACAACAAGAGUAAAGGCAAGCGACUUCUUAUCAGAGAUGUCUGGCUCUCUGACCAGGGAAAAUACGUCUGCAAAGCUGAUAAUGAAAAGAGCACACCAAAGGAGCAUUCGUUCUACGUAACUGUUGUCAGUGCCCCAUCAUUCGAUAAGAAACCACCAACAUAUAUCGCGGCAAAGGAAGGCGAAGCAGUCACCAUACCUUGCUCCGUCCUUGCGGUGCCCACAGCAUCAAUAUCCUGGACAUAUAACGGUCAAUCUCUAAACCGUAAUGGCGUCAAUUUCAAUAAAUCCAAUGAAAAUAACCGUACUGUGACAGAUCUACGUAUUGCCAGCGUCAAAAAAGCGGACGGUGGUUAUUACGGUUGCCAUGGUAUUAACGAAAAUGGCGACGUAUACGCCGAAACUUUAUUACGUGUCGCUUAAGAUUCGAUAAAGUAGUCGGAGUAACUUUAAUAUUGGCUAUUGUUAAAUUAUCGAUAAUUCAAUAUUAGAAUUUUCAUUGGUACAUCCCUAUUAAUAUAUUUCGCGCCAUUAUUGCUGUCUGUGAUUGUCAUUUUAGUAUAUUUUUGUUACUCCUAAAUUAUUUUUUUGUAUUGUGAUAUUUU